GAGCUGCUCCUGCCUGCCUGCCUGCCUGCGGGAGAAGGCGGAGUCUGGUGUAUUUUUAAAAGUAGAAUGUGUGAGCGCUGUGCUGCUUCAUCUCCGAUCACCUCCGAUCACCUCCGAUCAUCUCCGUUCCUCCAGGCUAAAAUAUCCACCACAGAACACACCCUAAACCAGAAUCUAACACCACCCGGAUCAGCGGUCUAACCUGAUGUACUGACUUAGAUUCUCAUUAAUACCGGAGAGGGCUGGAGCACGCGACUGCGUCACUGAGAGGGUGGAGCGGCUAGUCCUUUUUUUUACCCAACAUGCCGUGCGGCUUAUAAAUAACGAGGCAGCUCCGUGGGCGCAGUAAUACAGAGACUGAGCGGACCUGUGUGCUGCUUGGAUUGGGAUGGGCCGGAACUUCCCAUAAAGUCCCUGGAUUUUUUUUUUUUUUUUUUUUCCCUUCCACCGCUUCAUCCUACAACUGCUUUGAGUGGAUAUUGUAUCAACGGCAGUUUAAGGUGUAAGCGAUGGCAAACUUAACUGAUGACGGAGGCAGCCCCAUUAACGAGUCGCACAGCGUCCUUACCUGGGAGCAGGUGAGUCGGCUUAAUGAGGUCCUAAGUGAGCCGGUGCCGGUCCACGGCAGGGGCAACUUCCCCACCCUGGAGGUACGACUGAAGGAAAUUAUGCCUAAAGUGCACAAGCGGCUCGAGCAGAGUGGCAUCAAAGUCAAGGACGUUCGCUUAAACGGCUCCACGGCCAGUCACGUUCUCGUGAAGGAUAUUGGCUGGAGCUACAAAGAUCUGGAUGUCAUCUUCAGAGUAGAUCUCCCAAAGGAGACUGAGUUUCAGCUCAUCAAAGAUGUUGUACUGAGCACUUUGUUGGACUUCCUGCCAGAAGGGGUUAACAAAGAGAAGAUCACACAAAUGACUCUGAAGGAGGCCUAUGUGCAGAAACUGGUCAAAGUGUACACCGAGCAGGAUCGUUGGUCCCUUAUCUCACUGUCCAAUAAUAAUGGACGCAAUGUGGAGCUCAAGUUUGUGGACUCGAUCCGCAGGCAGUUUGAGUUUAGCGUGGACUCUUUCCAAAUAAUCCUGGACCCUGUGUUGUCCUAUUAUGAAUGCACAGAUAAGCCUAUGUCUGAGUAUUUCCAUCCAUUUGUGACAGGGGAGAGCAUGUAUGGUGACUUUGCUGUGGCUCUAGACCACCUCAGGAACAAGUUGAUUGCCACCAAAAGGCCAGAGGAGAUUCGUGGAGGUGGCUUGCUGAAAUAUUGUAAUCUCUUGGUGAGGGACUUUAAGCCGACAGACGAGGACGAGUUCAAAGCGUUGGAGCGCUACAUGUGCUCUCGCUUCUUCAUCGAUUUUCCCGACAUCGGCGAGCAGCAGAGGAAACUUGAGGCCUACCUGCAGAGUCACUUUGUGGGUGAGGAGAAAAGCAAGUAUGACUACCUCAUGAUUCUGCGACGCGUUGUGAACGAGAGCACGGUCUGCCUCAUGGGACAUGAGAGGAGGCAGACUCUUAACCUCAUCUCACUCACAGCGUUCCGGGUGCUUGCAGAACAGAAUGUCAUACCAGACGCCUCUAAUGUGACCUGUUACUACCAGCCAGCGCCUUAUGUUCGAGACCUGAACUUCAGUAACUACUAUGUGGCCUCUUGUAAUCAGUCCAUUCCAACAUGGCUGCCAUGUAACUAAAAAUUUAACGCAGAAAUUUACAAAUGAAGGAAAAAAAAUAACUAUUUUGCCAUAAAUGGUAUUUCCCCGUGUGGGCAUAAAGUCUCUUUGAAAAGGACAAAUUUUCUGGGCUACAUUUGCUUGGUUUAAAUUUUUUCUUUUUUUUUUCUUUUUUUUUUGGGGGGGGGGGUUCACUUAAAUUCUUAUGUCAAUGUGUCAAGACCAUAUGAAUCCAAAGUAAUAUAUUUUUAGAUCUUGGAUUAUCUAUAUUGUUCGGGGUCAAGGAAUUCCUUAAAUUUGUUUCUCAGAUUGUUUUUUGCUGUUGCCUGUGUCCUGAAUCUGAGCAAUUCAUUUUUGACAAACUGAUUCUUAUUGUGCCUUACUCCUCCCUAAUAUAUUAAACACUGUCUUCGAGGGAGGAAAAUAUUUCUCAAAGGACAGUGCUAUUGCUUGUUGUGAUAAAACAGAAAAUGUAGAAAAAAAACAAAAUUUUGUUAUAAAUUGGGAAAAAAAAAAAGUUUUGGGUGACCUAUAAAGCACAAGCUUAAACAGAAAAUUCAAGAGUGCAAUGAGGAGGGUUUUCCCCCUUUUUCUUUUCUUUUUCUUUUGUUUAUUACUAUUGUGAGCUGCUAAUAUCCUUAAGAGCUUUCCGCUUUAGCAUUUUAACAAUUUCUGUUCCUCAGCUAAUCAUAACCAGGGUUCUUGUGAGGUAAAGAAUGCUACACAUUUGUUAAAGGUACAGAUGCUGAAAUUGGUUUACAUGGCAUUUGUUUACAGGUGUGAUUCAGCCACGUAUAUUGUUGGCAUGCAAAAAAAAAACCUUUUGCUAUUCUAGUAAAUACUUCAGAAAGUUCUUCUAUACAGCAAGUCGUUCAAUCGAGCAUUUCUUGCUAGUUUGGAUUCGAAUUCGAAAUAGUUUUGGGACAACAGCGCCCCCCCACUUUUUAGGAAGACAGUACAGCUGAUAUGUCAGAGCGAACUUGGUCUUCGUUUGAUUUAGUUGAAGUAUAAUGUCUGCCAGAGUUGGCUGUCUGUGAGAGGACACGCUCGCCUUUGAGUGACUCGUUCGUGGAAUUAAAUUCUAAAUGAAAGCGUACAUGUGAUUGGGAGCAUGAAGGCGAGGUUGUCCCUUGUCCUUAAAAGGCUAAAGUGUUGGGUGUCCGGUGCUCUUGAGUCUGCAGUGAUAGUUAGCAGGCUUUGCAUUGCUGUGUAACGAGACUCCAAACCGGUGUCGCACCGCGCUAAAAUUAUCCUUAGAGGUACAGGGCAGAAUAUUCCUGCGCUGGGAGGGAGGUGGGCGGAGUUUUUCUGGUGUGACGAACACCUUACAUGUGCGUCUGCUGUGCUUGCCUUUUCAUUCAGAUGCAUGCUGAACCCUUUUCUGGUCAUUGGAGCAGGGCCCCAUUCACAGAAUCAUUUCAGUGGCUCUAGGUAGAUUCCUAUUAUGGGUUUUGUCCCUGGUAUGGUAACUGUUGCAUGCCCUCACCUUUGAUACUGACAUGCAUCAAUGUCCUGUAGUCUUGUCUUUAUCACUAAACUAUAUUUGUCUGGUUGGGGGGGGGGGGUGGCUUUCAUUCUGAACUAACAGCUGUUUCACAUUUUCUUGCGAAGUCUUUCUGCUUACUCGGCAUCUGCACUUUUUUUUUUUUUUUUUUUUUCCCCUCUCUCUCUCUUUCCUUUCCUUUCCUCACACUCUCUCUACCCCCCACCCCCCCCAAGUACACACACAGUAGAUAACCCAGUGCUCAGCCUCUUAUCUGUUUUACACACAGACUUUGGAGGGAGGUGGGAAAGGGUCACUGUAGCCUUUGCCAGUUGUGGUCACACCCCUGGGUCAGGACACUUUGAAUUUAAGCUUUUUGUAAGCAGGCUAUAAUUAUGAUUGGGAGUAAAAUUGUGGGUAUGACGUAUGUAUAUUAUGGAUCUAGACAUUUUGGUGUCGUGUGAAAUGUCAGUUUACGUUGUAAUGUCCUCGCUGGUCCUUCCUUACAUCCUGCUUUUCUAAAACCUAGUUGUCUAGUCAUUCCAGUAAUAGACGUGCAUAAACUUUGACAGUUUAUUUAAGCCUCCAUUACUGACAAUCAGCCUUUUAACAUUGCCAAGAAGAGCUUGGGUACAGACAUGUUAUUUCUAAAUACCUCACACACUAAUUUUUAAGUGCAUAUGAGAUCUUUUUGUCCUCCUAGACCUGAGUAGCAGUGUUAAGUGUAUAAGCUCUAAAUAACAUGUCGGUUGAGGCAGAGAAUGGAUCCUGGACAAAGGGUUGCUGUGUGGGGUUUUUUUUUUUUUUUUUUUGGAAUAAUUUAACUUGCAAUCUGGCUUGAUGUGUAACUUUCAUGUGACUGAGAUAUAUUCAAUGAAGUAUUUAGAUGUCUGCUUCCUUAUAGUCUAAUUUUCUCAGAUGCAAACCCAAGUACCUGUUACUCUGAUGUUAUCCACUAAUAUUCAGAAGGCUACAUAGAUGCAGCAUCUCCUUAAUCUGACCAUCUUGAGCCUUUUUUUUUUUAGCUGCCAUACAAUGUUUAUCUUGUCUAGUUGAUCUUCUAGAUAAGGCUGGGCACCUAUUUAAACGGCUUAAUGUACAGUAGGUUGGUUGUAUAUAGGGCAAUUGGAAUUUGAAGCAAAUGGAUGGAUGCAUGCAUAGUGUUUAAACUAAUGCAGAAGUAUUUUUGUUCUUUCAGAUAGGUUUUAUUUUUUUUUCUGCUGUAAUUCCAGUUUCCUCAUUUGAACAUUCUAUUUCCUGUCUGUGAACAAAUGUUUGAGCUUCGCUUGUAAUGUUGCACUAUGGCUCAGAAAGCAUCUGUCAUUUUGUUUGUUUUCCUGUACCUAGGGGAGGACUUCCCUGUGUUCUGGACAAACGUCUACAGUUUUGCUGAGGCUGGAAGUGGUUUAUUUUUUUCAUUUUAAUUCUUUUUAUUUUUUUGGGGUGGGGAAGUCCUUUGCCAGGUGGUUUGUGUUGUCUGAUUGUGCCAAUGAUGAUGUCUCAAAGUUUAAGAUGUGGAAAAUCACACUUUUUUUUUUUUUUUUUUCUUUUGGGGGGGAGAAAAAAAAAUUGUCAACAUGGUGUUUUGAGGUUUUUCAUUGUCAAUUUGAGCACUUUUACCUCACUAUAAUUUUCUUUCGGAUGAAGUUGAACAUAAGAAAAAUGUGUAUGAAGAAAGAGGGGAAAAAUAAAGUAUUAAACCCCA